AUGAAGCUGUCCAGCAUUGUGGCGGGUGCGGCCCUCUUCGCCAGCGGUACCAUUGCUGCUGACCUAGACCCUAUCAUCAUCAAGGGCACCAAGUUCUUUUACAAGAGCAACGACACCCAGUUGUGUGUAGACCCUCCAUUUGGCGAACCUGUCGCCUCGCCUAAUGCUAACAAACCCUCAGUUACAUUCGCGGUGUUGCAGGAGUACUCUGGCCCUGAUUCUUCCGCCAACAGUUUCAAGGAUCCCCUCGCCGACGCCGAUGCUUGCAAGCGUGAUGUUCCUUAUCUGGAAAAGCUGGGAACCAACACCAUUCGCGUGUAUGCUAUCGACCCUAAAUCCGAUCAUAAGGAGUGUAUGAGCCUUCUCAGUGACGCCGGUAUCUACGUCAUUGCGGAUCUCUCGUCCCCGGGUGAUUCUAUCAAUCGCAACGAACCCAAGUGGGAUAACGACCUGUACAAUAGAUAUGUGACUGUGGUGGAUGAGCUGUCACAAUACUCGAACGUCAUUGGUUUCUUCGCUGGAAAUGAGGUCUCCAACAGUGAGAACACCACAUCUGCCAGUGCCUUUGUUAAGGCUGCUGUCCGUGACACGAAGCAGUAUAUUAAGGCCAAGAAUUAUCGCCCCAUGGGCGUUGGCUAUGCUACUAGCGAUGACUCUAGCAUCCGUAAAAACAUGGCCAACUACUUUAACUGUAACAGCGCGGAUGAUAGUAUUGACUUCUGGGGUUACAACGUGUACUCUUGGUGUGGAGACUCCAACUAUGAGAAGUCCGGGUACGCUUCUCGUACGGAGGAAUUCAAGGACUACACUGUCCCUGUCUUCUUCGCUGAGUACGGUUGCAAUGCUGUUCAACCUCGCAAGUUCACUGAAGUCAAGGCUCUCUAUGGAGACAAGAUGGCUGAUGUCUGGUCGGGGGGUAUUGUGUACAUGUACUUCCAGGAAGAAAACAACUAUGGACUGGUGUCUGUUGAUGGCAACAAGGUCAGCACCAAGGCUGAUUUCAGCUACCUUUCGAAGGAGUUGGCGAGCGCUACCCCCUCCGGCACCAAGAAAGGCGAUUAUCAGCCGACCAACACUGCUCUUCAGUCUUGUCCGACCGUCGAUGGCAAGUGGCUCGCAACGUCCAGCCCGCUACCCCCCUCUCCAAACCAAGACCUCUGUUCCUGCAUGGAGGAGAGCUUAUCCUGUGCUCUGAAGGACAAGGUAUCCGGCGAGCAGCUGGAUAAGCUCUUCGGUACUGUCUGCGGCUACGACGUCUGCGAUGGAAUCACCACCAAUGCCACUACUGGCAAAUAUGGCGCUUACAGUGUGUGCACUCCUCAGCAACAACUGUCGUACGCCAUCAACCUCUACUAUCAGAAUCAGAAAGCCAAGGGUAAUGGUGACAAGGCUUGUGACUUCAACGGCGCUGCCACCACCCAGAGCUCGAAGAGCGGCGGCAGUGCUUGCUCUGCACUCCUCAAGGAGGCCGGAACUUCCGGCACCGGCACCGUUACUUCUUCUCCCACCGGUACUGCUGGCUCUGGUGCUUCCGGUGGUGCUGCUGCAUCUAGCUCUGGAGCUGCCGGUGGUAUAGUCGCUCCUUCUAGCGUCAACGUCGGUAUCUUCCAGCUCGGCGCCUAUGUGGUGACGGCCAUGGUCGCCGGCGCGGGCAUGAUCGUCCUUUAA